UAUAUAUACAGCAAUAAAAUUCACGUAGUCUUCUUCUUAACCUGAAUAACCAACGGUUCAAUGCUCCAUUCACGGUGACAAGCAACAAUUCAAACGUUUUUUUAGACCGCACGAAAAAAUGGAUGCAAAAAUGGAUUGGAUGUACAAAGGAAACCAGACGGUAAACAGAGAGGAGUAUUUAUUGGGAAGACCGGUCGACAAGGCCUUUGAACAGAUGCAACAGGCGGAGAAGGAAACGGAGCAAAACAGAGUACCAAAAAAUCACGUUGAAUAUGAAUGCAUUCCACCGUCGCUGCGAUUUUUCUCCGGCAACGAACAAGUGGAUCUGGCUAGAAAAAUGCAAGAGGAUCCGUUGUAUGCCAUAAAGAAGAAAGAGAUAGAAACUAGAAACCAGCUUUUAAAGAAUCCUGUUAAGUUGAAACAAAUCAGAGAAUUGCUCGAGGAGCAAUCCAAGAAGAGCAAACACAAAAAGAAAAAGAAAAAAUCUAAAAAACUUAGCAGCGAAGAUGAAGCUAAGUUGGACAUGUUACUAGCCACCAAGUAUAAUCAAUUAAGAAAUAACGUUACCGAAAAAAAUUUGUUGAAAUCAAUAAAAAGAAUAAGACAAAAGCAAAAGAAAAAGUCCAGAAAACGUAGCCGCAGUUCUGAAAGCGAAUCGGACAGCACGGACAAUGAUGUCUCUGCUAAAGAAGAGCGACAUAAACGACGAAAGAAACGAAGAAAAAGUGUGACUGGCAGUGAUGACAGUGACAGCGAUAGUAGCAACGAAAGUAGCGUUAAAAUUAAAAAGAAAACUAAUGACAAAAAACCAAGUGAACGCGUCGAAAAGAUAGACGACAAUAAGAGAGAAGAUAGAAGAAGACAAUCGAGCAAGAAUAGAGACACGGAAAAGGAGAGAGGCAGAAGAUACAGAGAAGAAUAUAAUGGACGCUAUAGACAAAGGUAUAGGGACGAUGGUCGCAAAGACGAUCGAGUGAACAGAUAUAAUGACGAAAGAAGAUAUUUAAAAAAACGAAGUGAUAGAACAAUUCCUGACAGAGAAAGAACACCGCAUGCUAGAUCUAGUUGUAACACCGACGAUGUGAAAUUCAAAGAAGCCAGAAGAGAAGAAAAACACAGAUCGAAAACAAAACUCACCGAGGAAGAGAGAGAAAAACGAUUGCGAGAUAUGAUGGAGAACGCGGCGUGGCGCGAUAAAGAAAGAGAGAAAAAUGUAAAAUUGUACCGCGAAGCCGAACAAAAGGAGGAUGAGGAUAGUAAAUUGUACAACAAGGAUUUUAUCAGAAAACAACUGGUUGUUGCAACAGAAAUGAGCACUGUCGCUUCUAGAAUCAAGUCCAAUAUUAAUAACAUACAACGUUCCGGUCGAGCAAUGGACACGAAUUUUGCUAAGAGAUGACUUUCAUGCUAAUUACGUAUGUCUCAUACAAAUUACAGAACGAGAAAUUUUUUUUUAUAUUGCGAGAAUAAAAUUCUGUACGUAUAUAUAUAUAUAUAU